UUUUUCCUUCUUUUUCCCCCCUUCUUUUAUUCCUUUUCCUUUUCUUUUUACUUUUGGUUUUUUUGUUACUCUUACCCGUUCGCGGUGUCUCACGUCCGUGUACUCUGUACUCCAUAUGUUUCCUACCCGUGGCCGCUUAUCAUUCAAUACAUGUCGCUCCGGCAUUGAUAUUUUUACCGCCUUGGAUCCCCCUUUCUCGCACCCAUCCUUCCUACAAAUGUUUUGCUUUCAGAGUAUCUCCUUCAUGAUCUCAAAGCACCCAAUUCUCAGUACACAAGCACCUCAAAUGUCUUAUCUACCGCCAGGAUGGACCCUGGAGCGACUUCAAACCGCAACAGUCGAUGAUCUGCGCCAAAUACCGGAAGAUAGACUCCAUAAGAUUGACGACAAUUUAUUUCCCAUCGAGAAUGUUCCAGUCCGGUUAGUCAUUGGCCGCGCAAUUCAUAACGAACACCGACGAAAAGUACGCGCGGAGCGCGGCCUGCCACCUGCCCCCAGCAUGCCGCUUUUUGAAAAGAAUGAUGAUCCAGCAGUGAAGGCAGUAGAAAGAGGAGGAUUCGACGACUUUGGGUCUAUCGUGUUUCGAACCGAUUACUCAGACGAACAACGCUGGGAGCAGUGGCAUAAAGAGUUCCACCGCAUAAUAGACGCCUCCAUGGAGGGCGCUAGCGGGGGAAGGAAAAUCGAAGAUAAAUGCUUCAUUCCAACCUACGAGGAUGAGGAUAUGGCUGAUGCCACUCAUAAACAGAUCCUGCAGGCAUACUAUGAGUACCAAGAGACUGAAGGUGUCCUCCCGGGACUUGACAUUGGUAUGUGCGUGGUUGUAGAUUCAGCUGUCAUAGACUCUAUAACAACGGAUAAGCCGUGGAUAUAUGUAUUGGACCUGUCAUUCCAUCAUGAGAGUCAGCUCGCAGAUGGAGAAUAUCCAGGCUACUUCCGAGUUGCCGUGGAGUCCCUUAUCACGGAACUUUACCCAAUGCUCACAGCGAUGACACCGUCGGAGCUUUGGCCUUCGGAUAACAGAAUAUGGGAGUCAGCCGUUGAGUAGAUUGCUUCGAGGGAACGCGUCUAG